UUAUAUUUUUUUAGUUAUUGUUUUUAAAAUCUUCAUGAUUUUACCAAAAAGCUUUUAAGCCAUCUAAAAUAGUCAACACAUCCCGUGGCAUACCCUUGAUAAUUACUGGCCAUCUCGUUAUCAGCCGCAGCAACACACCGCCCACUGAUAAGGAGUCGCGGAGCUUUCCAUUCGGCCAGAGCCGAACUUAGCCGAAGACUUGCGGCCGGAAUGGUAAAGCUUUUCCGUGCAGCAACCGUAGAAUCGGCGUUGGACAGGCAGAAAUCGCUAACAUAUGGUAGCGUUGAAUGGCGCAUCGUCUAGCAUUGGCUAUCCUGUCGUUGUGGCAAGCGGUCCUUCUAAUUUCCUCUGCCACUCUUAUCCUGUCAUUCUGCCAUAGCGGUUGCGAAUGGUUUCGAUACGGUUUUACGGAUUCCGGGUACGGUUUUUGUUUUCCCCUACUCGAACGGUGUGCGGUCUCCAGGACAAAAUGAGAUUCAGCAGUCGGCUGGCAUUUGAAUAGAUUGCUUUUCGCAUAAAUAUCAAAAAUAUUUUCAAAAGAAACUCAGUGAAUUCGCUUUAUUGCGCCUUCGGUGUUACAUAUUUCGCUUAAUUUGCAUAUGCCAGGAGUGUUUUUCAAAGUUUCUUUUCAAUAUUAAUGAGACCUGUGCCUAAGGAGAUGAUUAAUUAUCAAGAUUUUGUGUAAAACAAACAAUAAAAAUCAAUUUGAAAACAAUUAAUUGUUGUGUAGAAAAAAAGGGUUGCAAGAAACAAGAGUGAAAAAGUGACUUAAACUUACCGGCAAGAUGGUUAUGGUUAGUUCAGCGGUUCUCGGAGCCGCAGCCGGAACAGGCUUGGCCCUGAUCCUGGCCGUGACAAUCGUCAUGUACCGCUAUUACCUUCUGCGUAAGCGUGGCAAGGAGUGGGACGAACUGGACCGCUGGGAGGAGACCCGCAUAAUGCGAAAGCUGCAGAUGAAGGAGGUUGCCAUUGCCAAGGAAUGCCAGCCUAUCCAACCGGCCAGUCAGUUGCAUGGAAUGCAUGGCGGCAUGGGCCUCAACCAUCACCAUAUGGGCACAGUUUCGGCUACGGGAACGGACAUCUUGCGCGGACCCGCCGAAGUGUUCCACAGUCCUCUACACUUGCACCACCAGAGCCGCUCCUUUCCGCCGCGUCUCCAGCGCACGCCGUCCAUCUCUAGCCAGAGCAGCGUGGACAGUGCCCCAUCUAGGCAUUCGGGUCAUCGCGGCUCCUCACCACAGAUAAGAACUUUUGGACCGGACGGACGUAGCUCGCUACCAAGUGAGCCGGCAUUUCCACAUCAUUUGGCCAGAUCACCCAGUCCCAUGCGAACUAUUUCUUUAGACGCCCGUUGUGGCAGCCCCGCCCACUCGGCAGAUCCAGGCGAUCUAAGGACACCUAGUCCUUCGCAGAGUAGCUUGGCCUCAUUGGCUGGAGGUUCAGGGAUGGGAGGCAGCAGUUCAGGAAAGGGUGUGGCUGGAGGUCGUUGCCUUUCGCCGCUGCUAAUACCGCCACGUUCGCAGCCCGGAGUGGAUCCCGCCAUGGGUCCCGCAUCACCAUUGGGUGCACUUCAACCGGAUCUCUACCGAUUGCCAGACGGACCCGUUUACCUGACAGCUCCGGAAUCCAGUCAUGCCGUCGGACGUUUGCAUCUGCGCGUUAAGUAUGACUAUCACCUUUUUGAUCUUACGGUGCAUCUGAUUGAAGCUCACAAUCUCAGUCCCAUUGAAGAGGGUGGCUUCCGGGAUCCCUAUGUCCGACUAAUGUUACAACCCGAAGUGGACAGCCGAAAGCGGCAGACCCACAUCCAUCGUGGCGAAUCGAAUCCCUACUUUGACCAGCACUUUAAGUUCCCGGUUUCUCGCGAUCAGCUCCAAGGCAAGGAGCUCAUCCUCCAGGUACUCGACUAUGAUCGCUAUUCGCACAACGACAUUAUAGGAGAGGUUCGCAUCUCUGUGGAUGGUCUGGAUCUAUCCAAGUCAGUGGAGAUCUGGGGAGACUUGCUGCGUACUAAGAAACCCAAGGAAGAUCGACCAGAGCUACUUUGUUCCCUGAACUAUUUACCGCAGGCUGAACGAUUAACAGUUGUCAUUAUGAAGGCUAGGAAUUUGGACACUCUUCAAGAACCAUAUGUCAAGAUUUACCUGAUUCAAAAUGGCAAACGCAUUAAGAAAAAGAAGACGAGCAUCACUAAGUCAGACGAUCCGACUAACCCCAUUUGGAAUGAGGCGUUCACGUUUAAUUUGCAAUCAAAUUAUCUUCACAAUGCAGCCAUCGAGAUCUAUGUGGUGGGUGCUGGUAGCGAGGCCACGGAAAUUGGAUGCUGCGGAUUGGGACCACAGGAAAGUGGAACUGGAUGCCAGCACUGGCACGAUAUGAUUAACAAUGCCCGAAAGCCCACGGCUAUGUGGCACUAUAUCCGCUAGGCCAUUCCACUAUAAUGAAUUAUGAUUUUUAAAAAACCAAAAACCAAAAAUCAAAACAAAAAACAAAACAUUCAAUUGCUCCCACAUUGCGUCUUUAUAGGUGUACUACUAACGUAACCGUGUCUGUGUGAAUUUUCCAAUUGCAUUUUUGGGCGGUCCUCCGCCGCCCUUCAAAAGCUUAAUAAUGUUCUAUGAAAUCAAAAUCUCAUUUAUAUACAUAUAUAUUACAUAUAUGAAUGUACAAUAUAUAUGCGCUGCAGCUAACUAGCCCUCCAAGAAGCUCAAUCAAAAGUUCCUAAUCAACGACAGAAACUUCGAAAGGUAAAAGAGAAAAAUGUCCCACGAAAAUCUUAUUUGUGGGUAAUUUGGCUUAACGGUUCGGUUCUUUGUUUGUUGUGCAUUUUGUGCAACCUCUUGAGAAAAAACAACACAUAAAAUCUGGUUAAAACGGUAGAGGAGGGUAUACGAGUACAAUAGGAAAUCCGUAAGCGCACAUCCAAAACUGUCAGCCAGACUUGUUGACAUUUCCAUCGACUUCUUAGCAGACACUUGAAGAGCCUGCCGCCUCCUUUUUUUCCAAUCCUUAACCAAAAGGGAAGGCAUUCAAGUGUACAUUUCUUAAAUAAUUAUGAAUACACCGCAGCAGCACACGGGGAAUAAUAAUAAUAAUAAUAAUAAUUCGUAUAGGUGAAUGGUCGUCAAUCAUGCAGGAAGCCCGAACUCGAAGAAGGAAUCGCCCUUUUGUGCCGGCGACAGUUGACAAAUUGCCAUCGUCGUUCUGUUGUCCUUUUGCCAUUCGAUCUUGUGUGCGUUUUUUUCGUCAUGUCGUCAACUGUUUGACAUUUUCGCCCGUAGAAAAUACAAGAAAAAAGUUAGCCAAAAAAAUAAGAAAAGAACGAGGGAAAUGAAGAGAACUUAUGGUAAUUGUUAAGUUAAAUACAAUAUAUUCCUUCCAGCCGAGUACGUCUAUCAAGGAACACCAACCAAAGAGCAUUUCUCGAGCACUUUAACCUAUUUUAUAUGUACUUACAACGAGCAUUCCGUGGCAACUGAAUAAUAAGUCAUUUAUGGAAAGGGAAAGCUAAAGCUAAUGCAGGCAGGGGUUGAUCGAUUUCUUUCGCAUAAAUCUAUGAGUGUAUUUUUGGUGUUGUCGUAUGAACACUACGGGAUGUCAGACCUAAUAAUGUGUGUAAAAUAUGCUAUUUAAUCCCAGUAAAUAUUGCAGAAUACAAAAAAAAACAAAACAAAACUGAAUGUGUGUGUAAUUUAAACUUAAACAAAGACUUGAAAACAUACAUAGAGCACUGCACGUGUUAACUAGACAAAGGAAAUACAUACUCUAAGGAGCCAGAAUAUAAAUAUAAAUAUAUAUAUAUAUAUAUAUAUAUACAUAUAUACAUAUACACAAUACUUAUACAAGUUUUUCUAAACGAAUCCUUUCUACAUAAUUGUUUCACAAUUUGUCCUUUGCCAAAAACGAAACACGAGAACAACAUUGCUGACGACAACAUUAAGUAAAUAAACCAAAACAACAGAACAACAAGAUAAAUGCUGAAAUACCUCCGAUUUAAGCAGAACAUUGUUACUUUACAACUAUAUAGUACGAAGAACAUGAACUAUGCACUCGGAAUGCAAAAAAAGAAAAAAAAAUGACACGAGGAAAACUUAAAAGCAAAGCGAAAUGUACAAAAAGAAAAACUGCAUAUACAAAUAUAUUUCCUACAAAUAGUGUUUAUUUAUUAUUGUAGCCUAAACAAAGGGGUCGCUGUUGAAAACUAAAACUAAAAUUGAGGGAUAACACCACCUAAAAUAUAAUUAUAUACACAUACAAACUACAAGACAACCUAUAUUCAUAUGAAUGAAAAUGUAUAUGUAAACUUAAAUGUAUGUGAAUUUAAAUUAUUCGAUAAAUAAAUAACUAAAAACAAA